CACAUCCACAACUAGAGGUCGUCUUUUGUCCCUUCAUGCAGUACACGUAAAUACGCAACUUCUGCGUUGCCAAAACAACAACUACAGAAGACAAGAAGUUGAAGUCUCCUGUUCAUGGACUCUGCUCUAGCUCCUCACCCCCUCUUCCCUCAUAUCCUCUCUAGCUCGAGCUUGCAUCGAUCUCUCGCAGUUCGUCAAUGUCUGUUCCGGCAGAGGUGGUUAAAUCCGACUUGUUGGGCUAUUGGGGUGUCUGGAAGUAGUGUUGGAGCAGCUGGGAAUAACCUCUUUGGUGAUGCUAAUUAUUUGAAGGGGAGUGAAAAUGGUUCUCUGUUGAGUGGGUUAGAUGAGUCAGCUUCGGCAGGACCAUUUGGGACGUUGGAUGCGGAGAUCACACCGGAGACCGUUGAUUUCUUUGUUAGUGAUGCUGAUGGUGACCCUGAUUGCCCAUCUGACGGCUACUCUUCCAUAGAGCAGGCACUUAACACAUUACGCCAAGGAAAGUUUGUGAUUGUUGUAGAUGAUGAAAAUGGGGAAGUUGAAGGAAACCUAGUCAUGGCCGCGUCGUUUGCGAACCCGAAAAACGUAGCGUUCAUGAUCAAGCAGGGGUCUGGGAUUGUCUCAGUAGGCAUGAUGGAGGAGGAUCUUGAAAGAUUGGAGCUUCCUCUCAUGUCACCGGAGACUGAAGAUGAAGACUCUUCUGCUCCCACAUUCACAAUCACAGUGGAUGCAAAAGUUGGAACAUCAACCGGAGUCUCAGCUGCAGACAGGGCAAAAACUGUGGCUGCUCUUUCAUCCAAUGAGUCUAAACCGGAGGACUUCAGAAGGCCUGGCCAUGUGUUUCCCCUCAAGUACCGAAAUGGCGGGGUUCUUAGGAGAGCGGGUCACACUGAGGCUUCGGUUGAUCUCGUUGUUCUGGCCGGCUUAAGGCCGGUGUCUGUUCUUUCAGCAGUAGUUGACGCCGAUGACGGCUCUAUGGCCUCUUUGUCCAAUUUGAGGACAUUGUCUCUGGAGCAUUCCAUUCCAAUUGUCUCCAUUACUGAUUUGAUCAGGUACAGGAGAAAGAGGGAAAAAUUAGUUGAAAGAAAAGCCGUUUCGCGUCUACCUACGAAAUGGGGUCUAUUUCAAGCCUAUUGCUAUCGCUCGAAGCUAGACGGAACAGAACAUGUUGCAGUUGUAAAGGGAAGCAUUGGAAAUGGACAAGAUGUGCUAGUAAGAGUGCAUUCGGAGUGUUUGACAGGAGAUAUUUUCGGAUCAGCGCGGUGCGACUGUGGAAACCAGUUGGAUGUGGCAAUGCAGCUAAUCGAACAAGCCGGUCGAGGAGUCGUUGUGUACCUCAGAGGUCAUGAAGGAAGAGGCAUUGGUCUAGGCCACAAACUUCAAGCCUAUAAUCUGCAGGAUCAAGGCCAUGACACCGUCCAGGCCAACAUAGAACUCGGACUAGCUGUUGAUUCUCGUGAAUAUGGGAUUGGUGCCCAGAUAUUGAGAGACAUAGGGGUCCGAACGAUGAGGCUAAUGACGAACAACCCGGCAAAGUUCACCGGUCUAAAGGGAUACGGGUUGGCCGUGGUCGGGAGGGUUCCGGUUUUGACACCAAUCACAGAGGAAAACAAGACCUACUUGGAAACAAAAAGAACAAAGAUGGGACAUGUUUACGGUUCUGAUAUUCAAGGACUUUCAGAUGGAUUGUUCAUCAACCCUAAUGUAAAUGACCAAGGUCUGCCGGAAUCAGGAAAUACCGAAGAUUCAAAUUAUACGUAGCUGUCACACAUGUACAGAUAUUUAAGGAUUUAUUUUUUGUACCACAGAGAGUAAUUCAUUGAUUUUGUUAUUGAUUCCACAAUCAUUUUCUAUUUAUUUAUGGGGAUUAUUAUAACGGAA